AAGUGGAGAUCGCUGACGGAUAUCUUAUCUCAAGGUUAAAAAUCGCCGUGGACUCAGUUUUUCAUCCCCUUAGUGAUAUCGUACGCAGAGGCCUUCCAAUAAUGCAGUGGUAACGGUCGAAGCUACUAUUGUAUAACGGCUGAGAUAAAUUGAACACAUUCCAUCAUCACAAAGGAAUGGCCGAGGUCAAGAACAAGCCAAAGUAUCAAGUUAUCGACGGACUUAUCAUGAACGCUAGUGUUUCCUCUAAAUGCUUACGAGGUGCUAUUCAAUAUAAACCACGAGAUGAUGACAUAUUUAUCGUGACUUUUCCGAAAUGUGGAACCACUUGGGCACAGCAUAUUGUCCACAAUAUUCUUAACAAAGGUGAAACGUUCAGGAGUUACGAGGAAAUCAAAGUACGUUCUCCUUUUUUGGAGAUGUCAGGGCCUAAAAUUGCAGAAGUCAUGCCCCGUCCUGGAUCCAUCAAAACACAUCUGCCAUUUAAUCUGUGUCCUUAUUCACCUAGUGCCAAAUACAUAUACAUAGCUAGAAAUCCUAGAGACUGUUGCGUGUCUUAUUAUCACCACACGAAAAUGCUUCCAGAAUACCAUUUCGAGAAUGGGAAUUUCGACGACUUCUUCGAGAUAUUCAUUGAUGGUGAAACUGACUGGGGCGAUUACUUUGACCAUCUUAUUUCCUGGUACGAACACAGGAACGACCCCAACGUCUGUCUUCUAACAUACGAAGAAAUGAAAAACGACACAAGAGCUGCUAUUCUGAAGAUUGCUAGGUUUCUGGGUCCACAGUAUGCAGAGAUGUUGGAGAAUGAUGAUAAGUUGAUGUUGAAAAUCCUUGAUCAGACAAGUGUAAGUUAUAUGAAGCGUUUUAACAAAGAAAUGAAGCAUUUCUACACAAGCGGUAAUAAAGAUACAUGCCACGGCCAAGAAAUGCCAGAAGGACUAAAACAUGUAAGAGAAUAUUACGAAAAACAUAAUUUGAAUAUGCCUUUUGAGGUUGAAUUUGUACGAAAAGGGUCCACUGGUGAUUGGAAAAAUUAUUUCUCUCCUGACCAGUCAAAGCGACUGAUAGAAAAGUUUGACGCGAAAACCAAAGACACUGACAUACCUAAACUUUGGGAAAAUUUGUUUUAAAACAAGAAUCUAUCAAAUUUAAGUUGUACCCUUGCAAAUUUUAAUUUAAUCAAAAUUUAAUUUCGUCCAUAUGAAAAAUUUUAUUAUUAAGAUAUUUUGAUUACGAUAUCAUAA